AUGUGCGACUUCUCAAAAUACGGAAUUCCCAGCGAGGAGUGGCUACGCGUGGAGGCCACUUUACCAGCCGCGAAAGAGCAGAGCCUAUCCGAGUUGAAGCAAAGUGUCAACGAGAGUAGAGAAGUCAUUGCGCAAAAGGCGAUGGCAGAGUUUUCGGAUCAAGUCUUCACGCAGGACCAUUCAAUUUCUAGCCGUGAUGAUUACAAAUUACAGGCUAGAAGUUAUCGUCCAGUCUCAGCAUCUCCCACUGAGAUACUGCCCAUUUACAUGCACUUUCAUGGCGGUGGUUUUCUGUUCGGGACCUUGAGCUCGGAAGAUACGAUAUGCUCUCGGCUUGCCAUCAACGCACAGGUGAUGGUUGUCAAUGUCAACUACCGGCAUACUCCCGAAUACACGUACCCGACUGCUUGGAAUGAUGCCGAAGACGCCUUUCUUUGGGUGUGUGACAACGUUGCUCCACUAAACGGUGAUCCGGACAGAAUCGUUGUCGGUGGAAUAUCGGCUGGCGCAUGGCUCGCCGCUUCUUUGACACAGGCAGCAUUGAAAUCGGAGCUCCCAGUCCCCCCAACACUUACUAUUUGUGGCCAGUUACUGAUGAUACCUGCUCUGGUUUACACCAAGUGUUAUGAAUCUCAAAUGUCCCAAAUACAGGAUCCUAGUCUCUCAUCAUAUUCUCAAAACGAGAACGCGCCCAUCCUGAAUAUGCGCAGGAAACAACUGUUCAAUGGUCUUUUGAAAGUGGAGAAUCCAAAUCCAAAUGACAAACGGCUCAAUCCUGGACUUCUGCCUUCUGAAGAUGCGAAGAAGUUGCCACCAACAACUCUUGGUGUUGCUGGGUAUGAUCCUCUACGAGAUGAAGGGUUACUAUAUGGCAAACUAUUGGCCGAAAAUGGUGUACCGACCAACGUCAAUAUCUUCAGGGGUGUACCCCAUGGAUUCCGAAGAUUUGGGGACAGACUAUCAGUUUGCAAGAAAUGGGAUCAGGUCAUGGAAGACGGAAUUCGGUGGACUUUGGCAAAGCCUUCUACCUCAGGAGAGUUUGUCAUACAUGAACAUUAA